AUGACAGGUGAGCAUGGUCGGCCAGAAGUGAUUGUUGAAGGUGCAUAUGAACCGAAUGGUCCAUGGACGCCGUUUGAUUUUUAUGCAAAACCUGGCAAACUUGAUGAGGCUCCGCGAUUCAUAUUUCCUCAUCAGCCGCGACUGGAUUGGCAAAUGUGGUUUGCCGCACUGGGAGCUUACCAGCAUAACCCAUUUUUUAUCUCACUUACCUAUCACUUGUUACGAAAUAAUUCAGAAGUUACCUAUUUGAUGAGAAAGUAUCCAUUUGAAAACAAGCUCCCAAAUUUCGUCCGCGCACAUCUGUUCUUAUAUCAUUUUACUAGCGCAGGCAUAAAAACUAAAUGGCCAAAAGAUUACUGGUCGCGCGAUUUCCGAGAAGCAUAUAUGCCUCCUAUUACUCGAGAGGAUCCUAGUUUCCUUAAUUUUCUACACGAAAACGGCUAUGUCCUCAAGAUUCCCAUUUCGACGGUGCAAGUGUUUUCUUCACCACACAAAUAUCAUAUGGUCGACAACACUUAA